AUGGAAGAUGGUUGGACAGAGUUUGCAGAAGAGCAUGAUUUGCAAUUGGGAGAUAUGUUGGUGUUUAGACAUGAAGGUAAUAUGGAGUUUAAUGUUUCCAUAUUUGGUUCAAGUUGUUGUGAGAGAGAAUAUGCGGCGUAUAUGCAAGAAGACGAGGAUGAAGAGGAGGAGACUCCCAAGAAAUUUGAUUUGGAAGAAAAAACAAAGGCUAACAUCAGGACAUCAGACAAGGCUUUCCCCAAUGCAGAAGCUGCUAAUAAGGACAUGCAUCUCAGUCACUCUCAUCUCAUUUGUACUAUCAAACCUUAUUGCCUUACAAAGUAUUUUCUGGCUAUUCCAAGACAAUUCGCUCUGAAAAACAGACUCAACAACAGGAAAUGUAUGAUAAUUAUAAGGGACGAGCGAAGGUCAUGGACAUGUAGUCUGUAUACAAGCGGCGAAAAUACCUACAUUGGACGUGGAUGGCAUGAAUUCUGCACUGACAAGUGCUUAAAGGAAGGAGAUCGCGUAAUGUUUGAGAUAGUUUCCAGUGGAUCAGAAACACCUGUAUUUGAAUUUCAAGAUUUGAGAGGAAGUCCAUCCCUCCAUCCUGAAGUAAAGAAGAAAAAUUUGGAUGUUAACAGAAUUAAGACCACAGACGCGACUUCUCCAAAAGUACAAGUACCUGCUUCAACAUCUGCUGCUGAUACUAACCCUCAUUUUAUAUCUACUAUCAAACCUUACACCAUCAAAAAUCCUAUUUUGUAUCUUCCAUUGGCUUUUGCGAAAUCAAAUGGCUUGAUGAAUAGACACUGUGAGAUGAUUCUUGUCAAUGAAAAACGGAGAUCAUGGUCAGUGCAGCUAGGGCAAAUGGGACAUCACUUUGAAAUUAAAAGGGGAUGGCCAGAGUUCGUACAAGGAAAUGGUGUUCAAGUAAAUAUUCUGGUAAGGAUGCCAAGAAUCACACCCUCAGAAGCCAUUGACAAGAUACAGAAGCUGUUGGUGAUGGGCAAGGAAAGAGGCACUGAAGCAAGUGAAUAUAAUGUUUUUGGAUUUUGUACAUGUUGCUAA